AUGAGCAAAAGUUGUAAAGGCUCGCUCGACGACUACCUCGACUGCAUCGAGCGCUCGGCGUGCGUCGCGACGGAAAAGAGAGACCCGCGAGACUGCGCCAAGGGCGCGAACGGCGCCGAGCGCCCGAGCGAGUGCGAGACGAAGCGUGGGAACUAUUUGCAGUGCAGACGAGGACAACUGGACAUGCGCACGCGUCUGCGAGGGAACAAAGGAUACUGA